AUGCUGCGUCUCGUGAGGAGCCAGGGCCGAGGGUUUAGGGGCUGUGUGUGCUGUCAGCGGAGGUUUCAGCAUCACCAUCUCCACCAGCAGAAUCACAAGAGCGUCAUAGCCAUCCGCCGCGAGGAUGUCAACGUGUGGGAGAGACGCGCUCCUCUGGCACCGCGACACGUCAGGGAGAUCACAGCAGCUGGACACAAGGUGCUCGUGCAGCCCUCCAACAGACGGGCCAUCCACGAAAAAUACUAUGAAAAAGCAGGGGCGGUCAUCCAGGAGGACAUCUCAGAGGCGUCGCUCAUCAUCGGGGUGAAAAGGCCCCCGGAGGAAAAGGUGUACCCCAACAAGACCUAUGCCUUCUUCUCUCACACCAUUAAAGCACAAGAGGCAAACAUGGGGCUCCUAGACGACCUUCUUAAAAAGAAAGUUCGACUCAUUGAUUAUGAAAAAAUGGUGGACCCCAAUGGCUACAGAAUUGUGGCGUUUGGACAGUGGGCUGGUGUUGCUGGAAUGAUUAACAUUUUACACGGUCUGGGCCUGCGUUUUCUUGCACUUGGACAUCACACCCCAUUUAUGCACAUUGGUAUGGCGCACAACUAUAGAAACGUCAGCCAGGCCAUCCAGGCGGUGAGGGAUUGUGGGUAUGAAAUAUCCUUAGGUCUGAUGCCCAAGUCCAUUGGUCCUCUCACAUUUGUGUUCACUGGCACCGGCAAUGUGUCCAAGGGCGCCCAAGACAUCUUCAACGAGCUCCCCUGUGAGUAUGUGGAGCCUCACGAGUUGAAAGAAGUGUCAGAGAGUGGAGAAAUGACCAAAGUGUACGGCACAGUGAUCAGCAGACACCACCACCUGAUACGAAAGAGUGACGGACUCUACGACCCCCUGGAGUAUGAAAUCCAUCCGGAGCUUUACACGUCUCACUUCAGGGACACUGUGGCCCCAUACACAACCUGCCUGAUAAACGGCAUAUACUGGGACCCUCACACACCCAGACUGCUGCGGCGACUGGACGCCCAGCGACUGAUUAGACCCGUUAUAACUGCAUCAUCGUCACCUGAUCUCGGCUGCCCUGCACUUCCCUACAAGUUCUUGGCCAUCUGUGACAUCUCUGCUGACACGGGCGGCUCCAUCGAGUUCAUGACUGAGUGCACCACUAUUGAGAAGCCCUUCUGCAUGUAUGAUGCCAACCAGCAUAUUGACAAUGACAGUGUGGAAGGUAAUGGCAUUCUCAUGUGCUCCAUCGAUAACCUGCCUGCCCAGAUGCCCAUUGAGGCGACUGAGUAUUUCGGGGACCGGCUGUUCCCUUACAUCUGGGAGAUGCUCCCAUCGGACGCUACCAGAUCGCUAGAGGAAGAGGACUUCUCUCCACAAGUCAGAGAUGCUGUGAUUACAUCCAAUGGGAAGUUGACGCCUAAAUUUGAAUACAUCCAGAAACUUCGAGAAAGGAGGGAGUCGGAGCAGAUCUUAAAGAAAGGAGGAAUGAAGCGGGUGCUUUUGCUGGGCUCAGGCUAUGUGUCUGGGCCAGUUAUCGAGUAUCUCACCAGGGAGGCUGGCACUCAGGUCACAGUGGCAUCAAAUCUGUUGAAUCAGGCUGAGGACAUGGCAGCCAGGUAUCCCAACACCAUCGCUGUGAUGCUGGACAUCACCCGCCAGGAAGGCCACCUCGAGUCUCUGAUCAAAGACCACGACAUCGUCAUCAGCAUGCUGCCAUAUGCGUUUCAUCCACAUGUAGCUAAGCAAUGCAUUAAAAUGAAGGUAAACAUGGUGACCGCCAGUUACUUGAGCCCAGCCAUGAAGGAGCUUCAGAAGAGUGCCGAGGAAGCUGGCAUCACCAUCGUCAAUGAGAUUGGUCUGGACCCUGGCAUUGAUCACAUGUUGGCCAUGGAGUGCAUCGACAAGGCCAAGGCAGACGGUUGCACUGUGGAAUCGUACAGCUCUUUUUGUGGUGGUCUUCCUGCCCCAGAGUGCUCAGACAACCCACUGCGAUACAAGUUCAGCUGGAGUCCGUACGGCGUCCUGCUCAACACCAUCAGUCCAGCCAUCUAUCUGAAAGACAAUCAGGUGAUCAGUGUUCCUCCUGGCGGGGCUCUCCUGGAUGUCACAAAGCCCAUGGACUUCAUGCCUGGUUUCAACUUGGAGGGCUUCCCCAACCGGGACAGCACCAAAUACGCGGAGCCGUACGGAAUUGAGUCCGCUCGCACGCUCAUCAGAGGAACUCUGCGCUUCAGGGGCUUCUCCUCUGCAAUGAGUGGCUUCGUCAAACUGGGACUCAUCAGCACCGAGCCCUGUCCGCUGCUGGGACACACGGCUUCUCCUGUCUCAUGGAAAGAGCUUCUCUGUAAGCAGAUUGGCUUGUCCACAUCUGUGAGCAGCCGUGUCUUCGAGGAUGCCAUUUAUGAGCGGAUUGGACAAGACGACUUCAGAAUGCAGAGUCUCAGAUGGCUCGGGAUGCUCAGUGAAGAGCCGGUUCCUCACGCCGAAACCAUCUUAGCAGCAGUUGCUAAGCAUCUGGAGGCUAAACUGUCGUUCACUAAAGGUGAGCGCGAUAUGGUCAUAAUGAGGAACGAUGUCGGUAUCAGACACCCAACGGGCGAGCUGGAGACCAAACACCUCAGUCUGGUUGUUUACGGGGAUCCCAAUGGAUACUCAGCCAUGGCUAAAACCGUGGGCUACCCAGCAGCCAUUGCAGCCCGUAUGGUGCUCAACGGUGAACUGACCACUAAAGGCCUGGUGGUGCCGAUGACGAAGAACAUCUACAGUCCGGUGCUGAAGAGACUGCAGGAGGAGGGUCUCCAGUGCAUCACCACGAGCACCAUCUCAGAGUAACCACACACCUGAAGAGCUCAUCUCUGUGCCACAUGUGUAAUGAAACCCAAACAUCCAUUACUGCUCAUAUCCCACAAUGAACGGUUGCGAUCUUUGACUCCAAUUCAGAGUGAUCCAACGGUUAGUACUUAGUUUCUAAAAUAGAGUUACACAGUCUGUAGAUGUUCGUAUUAAUUGACAAUUACUGUUCCUUUUUAUCAGUGUUGUCAUAAAUUAGGAGUGUACUGUAAAUGAGCUCCCACACAUCACUUUGACACAGAACCAUCCCAAUUCCACUUCCUGGCAAUGAAAAAUAACUAAAGACGGUCAUUAUUUUCCUACCCUUGUACGAAAAGGGUUUAAACAUGAACUUCUGCCUCGGUUCAAAACAAGCAGUAACAUCAUAUUUAUGCAAAACAUGAUGUCAUGUUGAGUACUACUGAUAAAAUUGUCAAUUUUCUGUAAAGCUAUAGCAUCCUGUCAACUGAAUAUUUCUUAAAUGUGAAUCUUGGCACUAUAGUGAAUUAUAAAAUUAAAAAAAAGCAUAAACAUGAAUUGGCAUUAAAAUAAUCUCCAGACCAUUUUAAGCAUAGCAUGUCCAAAGAGUUGUUUUAAAACUAGCUUUUCUCCAAUAAAACAUUUUUCGUUUUC